ACUCUUUUAGACGAGGGGAGUGAAAUCUGAGGGGUAAGGGGUUUAUUGUCGCGGCCAUCUUAGAUGCAUCAGAUUUAGCGUCUAUUUUCACGUCGCACGGACGUAAAUCGAAUAAAAUAUGAGAGAUUCCGUGAAAUCAUCUAUCAUCUGAAAUUGCUGUGUUAUUCCGAAUCAUUUUUGAAUAUUAAGAAAUUCAAAAAUAUCACACUCCGUGAAAUUAAUAUCCGUCGCCAUCUUACAUGCCUCAUAUUCCGUUGCAGUAGACAUUUCUUUCCCCUCACCCUUUGAGCUUCACUCACGCAGCAAUACACUCUGUCCAGUAUUUCUUACGUCCAUGUUUGAGAUCGUCUUAAGUUCGAGCUUCAAAUGCUACGCAGCUAUUUGAUUGGUUAAAAUUAUACGAUUUAUUCAUGUUCUUAUUUACUAUAUUACAAGAAAAUGGCAACAGAAGUAUUGAAUAACAAGACUGAUUGUGAUACGAAAGAAGUUGUACGUAGGACAUUUUAUAAAAACCGCAUCAGAAAAGAUAAUACUAAGUUGGAACUUGAUGAAAAUUCACAUCAAGAAGAAAGACGUCAACUGUUGUUGAAACAUCAAAAAGAACAGAGGCAUGAAGCAUUCAAUAUUGCACGUGGUAUAUUUGAAGAGACAUAUUCCUCUGAAUUAGAAAAUGAGAACUCUAUGGAUGUAGAAGAAUAUUCUUCACAAUCCAGAUAUCCACGAAAAUAUAAAAAAUUUAAUCGAAUGAUGCUGUCAGAAUGGAUGUUUGAUGUACCACAAGAUUUUUCUGAGAAUUGGAUCAUGGUUCCAUGUCCUAUAGGGCAACGAACUAGAUUGAUUUCAAGACAGGGUAUAACAAAGGCAUAUUCUAGAAAUGGUGCGCUACGUAAAACUUUCCCUUCAGCACUUCCAGGUGGAAAUUCUGAUGCAGAUAUGCGUCAUUCUGCGAUUGUAGAUUGUAUAUGGGUAAAGGAUCAACAAAUUUAUUACAUAUUGGAUGUAUUGUAUUGGUGUCAAUUACCAUUCACAUUCUGUGAGGCCCAAAUGAGGUUAUAUUGGAUAAAUAACAAAAUCUGUGAGACAAAAGAAUUCAAAGAAUGUGAUACCGAUAUAAAUAAAUAUCCUAUUUUACCUCUACAAAAUAUUAAUUGUGAUUCAGAUUUAAGUUUUGCUUUGACACAACUUGAUCUUGAAUUAAAAUCUAUAGAUGGGUUUUUAUUUUAUCAUCGUAAUGCACAUUAUUAUUUUGGAUAUACUCCACUUGUGACAUGGUUAAAAUCUUUUAUGUUACCUGAAGUGCUUGGAAUAUUUGUACCUUCGCCAUUUGAUGAAAAACCAGAUAACUACCUAAAUUUUGAACAUUAUAUGCAACAAAAUAAAAAAAGAACAAUAGAAAAAAAAAAUAAAGAAAGGAAUACCAAAAAUAUCAUGGAUAUAGAAUUACUUAAGGCAGAAAUAUAAUUAAGAUAGAAGUAAAUACGAGAAUGAUCUUAAAUUUGAUUUAAUUUUUAGAAAUAACGUUAACAAA